AUUCCUUUUGCGAUAUCUUCCGCGCGACGACAAUCCAUCAAGCGCGUCUGAUCCAUAGUUUCGAUUCGGGUUUUCAUUUACGUCCCUCAGACUCCCCGCCUUUGGACGACAUUUCCGCUGGCGUGCAUCAUUACGCUAUAGCACCCUAGCCUGCAAUCCCCCCGAGCCAUUGCCAACCGGCCCGCUGCAAGAAAUAAGCGUCAUGCCUCGAUCAGCGCUUGUUCCCCGACAGUAUCCCCUCUGUCGCAUCUGCGACGCUCUCGCUGUCCGACGUCUGUACACAGCCAAGACCCCAUUUACCUCGCAGAUUGUCUCCAGUGUCUCCAGAUCCCGACCCAGAUUGUUGAGCCAGUGUACCCAGAGUAUCAAAGGUGCGGCAGCCAGGGUAUCAGGUCGAACGCCAUGCCAGGUAGCGGCGAUAAGCACGCGACCAUAUACCGGCAGUAACACAGAGGACUAUGCUGCGGACCCUGUGGGCACCAAUACUCAGCAGCCAGAGGAGCGACAAGAACUGUCUUCCCUGACCGAUAUGACGGCCUAUCUUGAGAACCAUAAGGCCAAGGUGCUCGGCCACCGAAAUAUCCCAUCCGAGCCAGAUAUAAGUGCGGCUCUGCAUGCGUGUAAAGUGGUGGCUGAUUACAUCAUGGACGAAUCGGCACAGCCCCAGAUUACUCAUAUGGUGAAUGAAUUGGACUCCACCGCCUCGAAUCUUCUGUCGCUGGAUAAAGCUUCACAAUCGUCAUCAACUCCUGGGUCCGACGACGGCGCCAGUGGCGUCCGCAUACCUGCGCAGCUCAAGCAGAUGAUCGACAAGAUAUCGGACACCGCUUACGCAAUUUUAGUCCACCCAACUAUAUUCAUCACGCCAAGCCUACUACGGCAGUACGUCCAUGUCCAAUCCCGUCUGGGCAAGUCCGAGACGCUGCCCGGCAUCUUCCAGCUGUAUUCCUCCAAGCCCAUGCCCCGGUCGGGCUCUGGCUCGCAGGUUGUCUAUGUGAAGCAGAAUUCCAACAAGGCUGCAAGUGCUAUAGAGCCUGAAGUGGUUGAAACAGCCCUGGACACCGCAAUCGAAAGCAAGAACCUUGAUGCCGCUGUUGGCAUCAUCGAAAAUAGCUAUGGGACAACCGCCUUUGUCCGAUCCAAGCUCCUCCGCAAAGCUGGCCUCCCAGUAGUCACAUUCGCGGUAACACCCAUCGCUGCUUAUGGUUUGGCAUCCAGUUUCUCAGUCCUGCAGGACUCCAUGGAUGCAGCCACUGCAACCAAUACCGCUUUUGUCGGCAUUUUAGCCUACGUUGCCUUCACAGCCUCGAUUGGCAUGGUCGCGGUGAUGACAGCCAAUGACCAAAUGAAGCGUGUCACGUGGGCACCGGGAAUCCCUUUGCGCACACGAUGGAUCCGGGAAGAAGAAAGGGCAGCACUCGAUAAGAUUGCUGUUUCGUGGGGGUUCGCCGAGGACACACGGCGCCAGGGUGAGGAGGAAGGCGCCGAUUGGGACGCCCUACGAGAGUACAUCGGGCAAAGGGGCAUGAUACUUGAUAAUCCUGCACUAAUGGAGGGUAUGGAAUAGACGCGAAGCUUAAAGGCGGUGCCUUACGUUUGACCCCUAUUGUGGCUGUGGCUUGCCAAAUCACCAGGCACACACUUGUUGGUUAUGAUGAAUCCAACUACUCAUGACAAUCCCGCCCGUUUCCC